AGUGUUUAAUUGUUAUUAAUUUACGUAAUGUGCCUUCUCAUGUUAUGUAACACAUACUUUUCAUGCUUCGUUUAUCUAAGGCACUUUACCCUCAUGUAACAGUCUCUUUUUGUGCUAUAUGUUUCUGUAGUGUUAUGUCCAUGACUAUUAUAUGUAUUCAUAACUUCAUGUGUUUGUACGUCUCUAUUUGUGUUAUUUUCAUUGUUUGUAUUGACGCCAUUUUGGUUUUAAUUAAUGGUCAAUUAGUCCGGGGCUUUUAGCAAUUGAGGGGUACCCCCUAGGGGGCAUUCAUCUACUUACGUAAAUUAAAACAAUAGAGGGAGACCCUCUAGGCAAUAUUGCCACUGGUCAAGUACCAGGCGCCCCCUGGCGACAGGGACCUUUUUAACCAAUCAGAGCCCUGAUUGAGUUAUUUUUAAAUAAAAACAAAUUAAUUAACCAAUCAAAAGACGUAAUUUCAUAAUAACUAUCUGCAACUUUCCAGGAAAGCGUCACUUUUCUGAGAACUGGCAAAGGGGAAAGGUCACGGAAUUUUUUUUUUCUCAAUUUCCGCUUUGCUCUAAUUUUACAUCUGACGAAAUUCACGUGCUUCCUGUUUAGAGCUAAUUCUUUCAACAUGGCGCAUAGACUUUACGUUCGCUCGUUCUUCGGCAUCCCAGCCUGGUAUGUUAUGUGCGACGAGGAAGUUGAGAGACUUUUCGAAAUCAUUCAGGAGGCCAAUCACGUUCUUACCGAUGCGCUGUUUCUGGUAACAAUGGACUGUUCCGCAUUCUGUAAUGGAUGUAUUUUCUGUUACCCUCAGGAUUUCGCUCCCGUGCCUGCUUGCCGUGUGCGUGACCAGCGUUCCCAGUGAAUACUUGCCUGAAUUUUCUACGUAUGUGAUUGUACAUUUGUUUAUUGUUAUAUCUAAUCAUGUUAUCCGACAACGAAAUAGAAAUGACAGUCGGUGAAGCCGCUGUGACUAAGUGGGCCGACCGGAAGAAACUUUCACCCCGCACAGCAAGUUUACUUAUUGAGCUGGGGUAUGACAGCAUGGAGGCGCUCUCAUUACUAGUCGAAAACGAUCUGCCCUCAACCAUUCCUGUGGGACAAAAACGCCUGCUCUUACAUUCUAUAAGGCAAACGUUCCCUCGAGGCCUAGCAGCGACGGAAACCAGUAGACAAGAGUCAAGUGCAACAACAUCGGAGGCCCCAGUGGAAGUUCACGCUGAUCCCUCGCCUGGGACACCGUUACCAACAGAGCAAGUGCAAGGACAAUCGAGUGAUAAAUUCAUCUCCGAGAUGUUAGGCCAACUUCAAUCAGCCCAAGGAUCCAGCCAGUCCACAAUCAACACUGCCCCUACACUGGACCAACCAGGUAUGUUCUCAUGGCAGGACCCUCAGAUUUAUCUUAAAUCCCUUUCUGCCCCUACAUCAAGCCAAUAUCAUGAUAUUGUAGAUUUUGUUAAUCUGGCUGCUGCCUCACAAUCUGAAAGAGUUUUGUCCAACAAUGAAGAUGGGCAGUUAGUUUUUAAGUCAGGGCCCUCAAAACCCAAGCUGGAAAACAUUUCUCUGUCCCAAUGGUCAGUAGCCAACUUAGCAAUCCUGCAAAAAUUAUUGCAGGAAAAUGCCUUAUCGCCAAAUCAUAUGCUAGAUUACUUAUCGUAUACCACCAGGGUGUACCAACUUCUGGCGUCGUACGAAAUUAAGUCUGUGUUUUUCUAUGACAGAGAAUACAGAAAGCUUCAGAACCUGCACAAAUUUAGGUGGGGCACAGACAUCCCCCAUAUCCAAACGGUUUAUUUAAAACCUAGGGUUCAAUCAGCCCAGCCAAAUCCCACAAAGUCGGUACGACCUAUACCAAGUGGUCAAUUUCCCCCUAGGGCUUCCCAUACACCCCAGGGUUCAGAAAUUUGCAAGCGGUACAACACGAGGAAAGGUUGUUACUCUAAACAAUGUAGAUUUUCACAUGUGUGCGCAAUUCCGGGCUGUGCCGAGAAACACUCUUCCACUGAUCAUACUGCUUCAAAAAACGGUUAAAACCUUCAGGUCUCAUCCUGUCUGCUUGGGAAGAUGAACUCAAAUAUGAUCCAGAUAAAUCUUACAUUCUUCAAGGUAUCAAAAAUGGCUUUCAUAUCAUAGAUCCCUCCCUGUCCCCCCAGUCAGUUGAAAUGGAUAAUCACCCUUCAGCCUCCCCUCAUUCAGAAUUAUUUUCAAAAGCCACGGCCCAGAUUUUAGAUGAAAUUAGCGAAGGCAACUAUGUUCAUGCACCUAACCCCCCCCUAUUAGUUAGUCCAAUGGGCAUUAUUCCUAAAUCAGAUGGGGGCGUUCGCAUAAUACAUGACUGUAGCCGCCCCAAAGGUGCUGCAGUCAAUGAUUAUGUGUCAAACGAUCAUAAAUUCAAAUACCAGUCGUUAGAUGAUGCAACUAAAUUAGUCAGACAGGGCUGUUACAUGGCCAAAGUAGAUUUAAAAUCGGCUUACCGAUCAGUUCCUAUUAGUGCAGAAAGUCAAAAAGUUACAGGUUUUAAAUGGCCCUUUGCAGGCAAAUUUUCUUAUUUUUAUGACACUAAACUCCCAUUUGGAUCCAAAGAAUCCCCUGGUAUUUUUCAUAGACUUUCCCAAGCAGUUCGCAGAAUGAUGGCCCGUAGGGGUUACAUUAUUGUAGCUUAUCUAGAUGAUUUCUUCAUUUGUGAGAAGUCUAAACAAGACUGCGCACAAGCUUUGUCAACGUUAAUACAUCUCCUUAGGAAACUAGGUUUUUAUAUAAAUUGGAAAAAAGUAGUUGACCCCUCUCAAGUAUUAGUUUUUCUAGGCAUAGAAAUUAGUAGUGUACAUAUGGAACUUAGGCUGCCCGCAGGCAAGUUAUCAGAGCUUCGCAACGAGCUAAAUCUCUUUACAGAGCGCAAACGUGCUUCAAAGCACCAAUUGCAAUCCCUAGCUGGGAAACUUAAUUGGGCCGCAUCAGUGGUAUACGGUGGAAGAGUGUUCCUGCGCCGCAUUAUCAAUGCCUUUACCGGCCUCAAGCACAAAUCUCACAAGAUUCGCUUGUCAGGUGAGAUCUUCCAGGAUAUUUCCUGGUGGAGCCAAUUCCUUCAAACUUUCAAUGGGAAGUCCCUACUUCUCCAUACUAAGCCAAUUACAUCAGUUUACACUGAUGCCUGCACACUGGGUGCAGGGGGUUCAUGGAACCACGACUGGUUCUAUUGCAAUUGGGAAUUAGAUUUACCUUCUGCAACCAAUAUGCAUAUCAAUGAAAAAGAAAUCUUGGCUGUUGUUAUCGCGGCUCAUCGCUGGGCCCCACUCUGGGCCCACCAUAGGGUUACUAUGUUUUCUGACAACUCAGCCACAGUGGCCAGUAUUAAUAAAUGCAUGUCAAAAAAUUCUGCUCUCAUGCAAUGUUUGCGCAGUUUGUUUUGGCUCUCAGCCACUUACAAUUUCAGAUUUACUGCCAAACAUGUACCUGGUAAGCUUAAUUGUAAGGCAGAUUUUAUUUCUCGCCUCCAUGAGAAGCAAAAUUUUACCACCUUCUUAGAUUCCAUUGCACAUCCUCGCACAGGAUACGUGGAUGUGAGUACCUGGUACUCACAUAUUUCUAAGCCCACCUUUUCUUGUCUUUUUGACAGGCACACACCAGCUUUCAACCACUUCCCUAGAUGCAAGAGUGCGGUUGCUUAGAUGCAACAUCCUGGCUGAUUCCACCAAGAGGACAUACUGCUCUUACCUUCAGUCUUAUUUGUUGUUUUGUAAUUCCCUGGGCAUUGCCCUGGUGCCAAUAUCACCUGAUAAUUUGUGCAGAUUCAUAGCUUUUCUGUAGUUUAGGUUAUCUUUUUUUUCGAUUCGUAAUUAUUUGUCAAUCGUACGCUUGCUGCACCUAGAAGCAGGUCACCCAAAUCCUUUAGAAUCCUUGCAAAUUACUAAUCUCCUUAAAGGAGUUAAACGCCUCCUAGGUGCAAAGUCCAAUCCUAAGCUGCCCAUCACCCCUGACAUUUUAUAUAGAAUGUUUCAGUUCAUUAAUCUGCAAAGCCCAGAGGAUCUCACCUUCUGGUCAGCCUGCUUAGUAGCAUUUUUUUCCUUUUUUAGGAAAUCUAACUUACUUGCCCCAACUUGGGACAAAUUUGACCCUAACAAACAUUUGUCAAGGUCUAAUAUUACCUUCACCUCUAAUGGAGCAGUGAUAACAGUGCUCUGGUCAAAAACCAUUCAAUAUUCUCAAAGGUCACUGCAAGUACCCUUGCCCCAUAUCCCAAAGUCCCCCUUUUGCCCGAGUUGUAUGUUAAAGCUUACCUUUAGCCUCUUUCCAUCCGCUCAGACCCAUCAGCCAGCCUUUACCUAUUUAUUGGGGUCUCAGUGGCAUUUAUUAUCAUAUUCAACCUUCCUACGAAAACUGAAACAUGUUUUAUCAAAGAUGGAUAUUAACCCUGAUAAAUUUUCAGGGCACAGUUUCCGUAGGGGAGGGGCAUCCUUUGCAUUAGAGUGUGGUUUACCACCCGAGUUAAUUCAAUCCCAAGGAGACUGGCGAUCAGAUGCCUAUCGUUCAUAUUUGGACCCAUCUCUUUCAUUUCGGUGUCAGGUAGCUGCCAGGUUAGGUUCAGAAUUCCAACGAAAAUACCCAAGCUAACCUGCCAUGUGAGCAUUCCUUUUUGGUAUAUUGAUCUAUGUACAUAUUUUUGAUAUUUGAUAUAUAUGUGUUAUGCUUAGUUAAGUUGCUUGUGGCAGGUGCUUUUGUGGGUUGGCCUUCACAGGAUUCACAUUCCUUCAUCCACUCCGCCAUGUGCCACUAACUAUUCCCUGUGCUAUCCUACCUUGUGCUUACUCGGAGAGUUCACCUAUUCUAAGACACUCGAUGCGAAUUUCGCUCAAGCUAUGGUGAGACUAUUUCAUGAGCUAAUGUACAGCUCUUCGAUUACCGUACUCAUUCUUGGUGGUGCUUCCUCCUAUUAGAUCACCGAUGCGUCAAGUCUGCAGCACACAAACUGUCGAAAAGAUGUUCACGCUGGAUGUGAUGACCCUACAUAUUCCUGACUAUACAAUUAUAACAAACAUCAUGUGCAAUAUCACUGUUUGUAAUUGUUAUUACCACUUGACUUGCUGUUAUUUGUUUAAAUUGUUAGAAUAGGCGUGCAUGUUGUGUGAAAGAUUUUUAUUUUUUUAUUUAUUCUAUUUUAAUUUUAUUGUUUUUAUUUAUUUUUCCCCUACACUCUACUCAGUUUGGGCUUUUGGAGGUUAACCAUGAUUUCAUUCAACUGAUUAUUAUCACUUACAUGUCUAAUGUAUUUUAUAUUUCAUUGCAUAACAAAUAAAUCAUGGUUAUGUCUGCCCAAACUUAA